AUGAACGCAUCGCUGAACUUGUCCGGCGCCGACCUUGACCCCCAAAGGACGGCGCAGCUGCACCACCGCUCCGUCAAGGUGAGCGUCAUCAUCGUUCUGGGGGCGAUGAUCACUUUGGGCAACAUCGCGGUCCUCCUGGUGAUCACGUCUUCCGUGGCCGGCUGGUCGAGGAGCUCCCGCUACUUCCUGCUGUCCCUCACGGCGGCGGACUCCGCCUUCGGGCUGCUGGUCAUGCCCUUGAACUUGUGGGUGAGUCUCCUGAAGGACUACACCGACGGGCCCGACCAGCUGUGUCACCUGGUGGCCUUCUGCAACGCCACCGUGUACUCCACGUGCAUGUACACGCUGGCCGCCAUCAGCCUGGAGCGCUACGUCGCGGUGCUCUACCCGCUCAAGUACUCGUCCAUGAUGACCAGAAGACGGACUCUGCUCCUGAUCGCCUUUUCCUGGUGCUUCCCGCCGUGCCUCCUGGCGCCCAUAUGCUUCCCGGGUGGCAUCAUCCAGGUGCACUUCUCCACCGCCUCGCUGGUCUGCAACCCGUCUUACUCCACCAACGUGGGCUACUCGCUGAGCUUGGCCUGUGUCAUCUUCUUCCCGUGCUCGGCGGUCAUGACCCACGCCAACUUGCGCGUGUGGUGCGCCGCCCGGAGACAGAGCCGCAAACUGCGCCGGCUGGAGCGCGCGCACCGCGGGAGACACAACGUGGCCUCCAGGGUGCUGGUGCCCGUCAUGGCUGCUUACUUUACUUGCUGGACGCCGUGCAUGGCAGCAAUGAUCUACAACGCACUGUCGGGUAGCUCUGUGCCAGAGUGGCUAGAAUUUGUGGUGGUUUGGCUGCCAACGUCCAAUGGUUUCCUCAACUGCAUCUUCUACUUCUGGAUCAACAAAAGCUUCCGUCAGAAAUUCCACCUCAUCAUGCAUAGACUGGCUUUGACCCUGUGCCCGGCGCUUGUCAACACUCUGGGAUGCUGCAAACCCUCAAAGAUUCCAUUUGGCUCAGGAUAUUUGGAUAAUAGCGGCGGAGUCCACGAGCGCUCUUCCAGUGUUUCCUCCACCUGUACCCUGAUGACCUUAGCCUAG